AUGGGAUCCGCGCGAGCUCUUAGUACUGGUAACUCCGUUCUGCGCGCCGCGUUCGCGGUCCUCGUCGUCCUCUCGUGCCUCACUCGAGUGUCACGUUACCAUCAACUCACAGCACCGUCACUGUCAGACGCUCCUUUCGCCUUCCACAAUGACGUCGCACUCCGUUAUCGCCCCUCUCUAAAAAACCCGACCGACGAUCCCCUGCCAACCAAGCCCGCCGCCACUGCUUCCCUUAAUCUCACUGCUCCUGUGCUUCCUGCGCCUCUUCCUAUUCAACCUCUCAGUAUGGUUCGUCGAACCGCUUAUAAGCGACCGGCGACGAGGGGAGACAGCCAACCGGCGAGAGGAGACAGCCAACCGGCGAGGGGAGACAGCCAACCGGCGAGGGGAGACAGCCAAAUGGCGAGGGGAGACAGCCAACCGGCGAGGGGAGACAGCCAAACGGCGAGAGGAGACAGCUCGGCGCAUGCCCAUCAUCUCUCGAGCGAUUCGUGCGUGACGGCCAUGAGUAACUCACCCGCCGAUGGGCCCAGCCCGGUACUGACUCCGCCGCAGAAGCGGCGUGCCGCAGCCGCAUGCAGAAAGGAGCUACUGAACGCGCUGCGGCAGUGGGCGGCAGAGGUCAGGCUGAGAGAGGCCGAGGCGGAGCUGCUGCCGAGCCCCCACUUGCAGCUCACUCGCGAAGGUCACAGCCCUGCCAGUAGCCCCACCGAUAGCCGUGGUACUACCGCCGACAGCACCACUGCUAGUAGUACUGAAAUUAGUACCAACACCGGCGCCAGUGGCGUGACCAGCACCAUUGACACAACUAGUAAGAGCGCAGUUGCUGACUCUCUCAGCCCUGGCAAUGCUGCUGCAGCUGCUGCUCCUGCACCUGCUGCUCCUGCUGCUCCUACUGCUCCUGCUGCUCGUGUUGCUCAUGCGUCUCUCGCUGCUCCUACUCCUGCUUCUGCUCCCGCUGCUGCUGGUCCUGCUGCUCCUGUCGCUGCACCUGCUGCUGCUGCUGCUGUUGCUGGUGCUGCUGUGACAGCAGACUCCGCCGUGCUGCUGUGCUCCGCGGCCUGGCGGCGGGCGGCACUGGCGCGAGCGGCAGCGAGUGGGAACGUGCGGAGGUCGUUGAGGCGGAACGCGACGACGCUGGCGCGGAUAGAAGCGGGCGUGGAUGCUGUGUGCCGCGGGGUGCGCGAGAUAGAGGCUAGACUGGUCGGCGAGUGCGGUGGCAAGGGCAACGCGGGUGGCCAGGGUGGGAAGGUGCUGGUAGCUGAAGCAGGAGGCGCAACAGGAGCGGGAGCAGGAGCAGGAGCAGGAGCAGGAGCAGGAGCAGGAGCAGGGGCAGGAGCAGGAGCAGGAGCAGCAUCCAGAGAAGCAGCAGUAGCUAAGUGCAGCACGUGGCCUGAGGCGUGCUGGCCUGUGCCUCGCAUGCCCUUCUCCGAUGUCAUGGCCAGCAGGGCGCGCAAGUUCCUCGUAUUCGCCUACUCCGACGAGCAGCUCUCCAACACGCGCUCUCACCUUGCAGAGGCCGCCCGCUUCGCCCAAGCCACCAACCGCACGCUCGUGCUGCCCAAGGCCAGUCGCAGCCGCCUCUCACUCGCACGUUCCCUGCCACUCUGCACCUACUUCAACCUAUCUCGUCUCAACGCCCACUGGAUCUCGCCCGGCCUCUUCCUGCUCCUCGCUAGAGCCGCUCUCGACCUCCCCUUUGCUGCUGCUGCACCUGGCGCCACCCCGUCCGUGGCCUUUGUGCAUGUGCAGUCCUCCUACCUAUGGCGCAUGCCCUUCACUCGAAGGCCUCUGGUGGACAUGCUGGGUGAGCUGAUGGUGUAUGGCAUGGGGUACGCGCCAUCCAGGCACAACAGUGUUGAUAUCAUCAUGCCCACCAACAGCACUGCAGUUCUCCAGAAGCUGUACAAGUGGCGGUACACGGACGUGCUGGUGUGGAUGAAGAGCACCUUCGGUGUGGUGGACUUUAACCCUCCCACCAGCGCCAUCUCGUUCCAGAUGCUUCCAUACAGCCGGGCGUGGCACGCCAUGGCCCAUCGAGCCAUGGCCCGCCUUCCCCAGCGGUACAUUCCGGUACAUUAUCGCUCCGAGUUCAUCGCCUUCCACCUCGCGCACAAGCUAGUGCGAAGAGGCUUCAAGGCGGAGGCAGGCGUGCUGGAGGAGCUGAUGACGGGGUGCAUGGAAGCGGCGCGCGAUCUCAUCAACGACAUGAAGCGCCGCCACAACAUCUCCGCCGUCUUCAUCGCCGCCGACGUGCCAUUUGACGACAAGGCGGGCAGCGUGGUGCGGUCGGACUCGUGA